CUGCGUUUUGGUGGGUCAUGCCCUGUCCGUGCUGGGGCUCUGGAGAGCGAGGGUUAACAAAUGGACUUGUUGUGCCUAGGCCGUGCACACACGAUAGUCAAACUGCCUGGGUUUUUUUGUGGAAAUAGUAUUCGGGUGUAUAAUCAAAACCUACAAUUGUAACUGUUGUCAGAGUGCAGGGUUUUAAUAGGGGUUUUGGUUUUCUACAGGUACACUGGAAAAUGAAGUUCUAAACUAAACCAAGCUUUGUCUGUCUGAUGGAGUUGUUCCUUCUUUUCUGUGUGUGUGAGAGGGGGUUUAGUGCCCUCGGGAUGGAGUCAUAGGCGUGUAACCUCUGCUGGAGUGCUUUAUUCAGUAAAAUACAAGCAGGCUCCACAGAGCAGGGUGAUCAAGCACACAGCGCUCUGUAGUAAUGGGACAAGAAGUACAGUUUUGGAUAGAACAUUGUACUCUUAUGCUCCAAGAGAAGGUUAAUAAUAAAGUACAAGAUCAUUUAUAAUUUUGUAAAACUACAAAUUUAUUUGUGCUAUACAAUAUAGGUAUAAGUACACUUUUUUAUAUGUACUAUGCAAUAUGUAUUUAGUAUUUGUACUUGUAAAGGUAAAAAUGAUAGAUAAUUUCUAAGACAUCAGUACAAAUGCUACAGCCUCAGAGGGGGGUUAAAACAUUGUGAGGACUUUGUCAGGAUGGACCCUGUAGUAAUACUUUAACCAGCAUGAUUUAGGGCAGGGCAUUUAACAGGGAAAAAUUUAUUACAAAAGAACAGCUUACAAGCAUGGUCAUUAUAAAAUAAAAUAAAAUACCUUGGUGAUUUGCAGCCUUGCAGCUCCUUUGGGGGAUGUAAUGAGGUUGUAUAAAGGUGGUUUGAUGAAACCCUUGGGAAAUUCUGGUUCAGGGGAACAUUCAGUGAAAUUAAAAAUGGGAAACUACAAUAAAAUUAGAGUUGGAUAUGUGUGAGAGGUGAUUCAGCUGGCUGCUGUGUCACCAUCAAAGAUAUUUAUUGUUAGAUGUUAGACAACUUUCUCAGUUGUCCUUCAUUCUGCAGUGCUGGACAUUUAACUUGUUUUUCUUAUGUUGUUUUUAUUUUGGACAUGAUUUACAACAGAGCAGCCUUUUCAUUAGUUUGUUACCAUGUGCUUAAACGUUUUUUGGAUCCAAUCCUGGAAGCUGUUCUGUGGCAGUUUUGUCUGAUGUCAAGUCUGCUUAUUCGUCUUGUGAGGGAAUGUUAAUUAAACAGUACAUGGUGUAAGCUGUGGUUAAAACAUCCUGAAUUGGAAAGCAUUACAUGGAAGGAAUAUCAAGUUCUUAGGCUGUAUUUAGUAGGUCUGUACACUUCUUACUUCCAGUUUUGUGCUAAUCUGAUUUUCUUUACUAUCAGCAUCUGUCAGAUGAACAUUCUUUAGUCAAAGUCACAUGGAAACACAUCUUGCUUAUUACAUAAAUUACUGUUCUCUGCCUCCCUUGCUCAACUGAUGGGCACAAAAUUUAUAUAUCAGCUUGAAUUGUCUGAAAAUAAAGGUACGUUUUGCUAAUCUGAGCUGGUCAAAAUUGCAAGUCUGUUGCAAUGGCUGUUUCCUAAGCCAUGGUCACAGGUGACACAGCAAUGACUAACCCCCAGCUAAACAUUGAUACCUCUCAAGGGCAGGAUGCUAUAAAUCAUUAAUGGCUGGCAGUAACUGCACCUCUUUGUAGUGGUGCUCUCCUUGGGUAAGCCUAAGCUACAGGAGGAGCAAAAGCACUUUCUGAUUUGAUUAGGUGGUGGUGCUGUCUCAUUUAGUAAUGAGUCUAAAAUUACAGCUGCAUUCUGUUGAUGGUUUUGUUGUCUGCAAGUUGGAGUUCUGGUGAAGUUUUGCCAUUCUCUGGGGACUUUUCCCCUGAGAUAUCCUCAUUGUGUGAUGAUUUCCCAGAGCCACAGUCCAUUUUAAUGGUUGACCAAUGGCUCCUCCCCAUCACUUUGGAUGAGGUGAGAACCUCAUCCAAAGUGAUGAAACUGUUGGAAAAAACAUCUGAAAAUUUUUACUGAACCAACAUGUCCUACCGUGUUGGAAUCAACUGACUUGAGGAAUGUGCUGUUCUUCUGGACUACACUCACAUGGAUACUAUUUGUUUAUGGUUUUGUGUUUAUUCAUAGACUAAAAGUUGGUUUCUAUUUUUAUUCUGAUAAGGCUUCUCUACUUGAUUCAGGUAAUGAUGAGAACUUGCUCACAAGAUCUCCAGAACUUCUGCAGUAAUUUCAAGUUUGGGAGAUUGAAUUUCUCUCUGGCUGAGUUUCCUUCAGUUCCAGUAUGGAGAUGAGUCGGGAGAAGCUGUGUGCCAGCAAGGCUGAUGGGAGCUCAGACUCUGCCUACCACUGCUUGGCGUGUCAUGAUGAUGAGGAAUGGGGCAGCAUGAGCCGGGGGCGAGCCAAGUCACGGAGUUUGUCAGCUUCACCAGCCCUUGGAAGCACCAAAGAAUUCAGGAGAACACGCUCCUUGCAUGGACCAUGCCCAGUGACCACGUUUGGACCAAAGGCCUGCAUGCUGCAGAAUCCUAAAACGAUUAUGCACAUUCAGGAUCCAGCAAGCCAGCGGUUGACAUGGAACAAACCUCCCAAGAGUGUCCUUGUGAUUAAAAAGAUCCGUGAUGCCAGUCUGCUGCAGCCCUUCAAAGAGCUCUGUGUAUACCUCACUGAGGAGAACAAUAUGAUAGUGUAUGUAGAAAAAAAAGUAUUGGAAGACCCUGCUAUAGCUAAUGAUGAGAAUUUUGGACCAGUGAAGAAGAAAUUUUGCACCUUCAGAGAAGACUAUGAUGAUAUCUCCAAUCAGAUAGACUUUAUCAUAUGCCUGGGAGGAGAUGGGACCUUACUUUAUGCUUCUUCACUUUUCCAGGGUAGUGUACCUCCAGUUAUGGCUUUUCAUCUGGGAUCCCUUGGAUUUCUUACUCCAUUUAAUUUUGAGAAUUUUCAGUCCCAAGUCACUCAGGUUAUAGAAGGCAAUGCAGCUCUCGUUCUCCGGAGCAGGCUCAAGGUGAAGGUAGUGAAGGAGCACAGGGAGAAAACCACAGUGCAGAAUGGGAUAGAGGAAAAUGGAGUUGUGUCUGUAAACCUGGAGAAAGAAGUGGGCAAGCAGAUUAUGCAGUAUGAGGUCCUCAAUGAAGUUGUGGUGGAUCGUGGCCCUUCGUCCUACCUGUCCAACGUGGAUGUGUUUCUGGAUGGGCACCUGAUAACCACAGUGCAAGGAGAUGGGGUGAUUGUGUCCACUCCGACUGGCAGCACCGCCUACGCCGCCGCAGCUGGAGCCUCCAUGAUCCACCCCAACGUCCCUGCCAUCAUGAUCACCCCCAUCUGCCCCCACUCCCUGUCCUUCAGACCCAUUGUGGUUCCUGCUGGAGUGGAACUCAAGAUUAUGCUCUCCCCAGAUGCCAGGAACACGGCGUGGGUUUCAUUUGAUGGAAGGAAGAGGCAGGAAAUAUGCCAUGGAGACAGUAUCAGCAUCACUACCUCUUGCUACCCCCUCCCCUCCAUCUGCUUCCGGGACCCUGUGAGCGACUGGUUUGAGAGCCUGGCUGAGUGCCUGCACUGGAACGUCCGCAAGAAGCAGAACAACUUCGCCGUGGAGGAAGAAGAAUUCUGAGUGUCCACUCCCAGCAGGGCUCAUGGCAGUGGAAUGUGGCAGAAUCCCUCCCCUCUGCUUGGAUUUUGGAGCUUUUGGUGUGGGCACUGCCCCAGAGCUGCCUUGUGGUUGUGGUUUAUAUCCCUCAGUGGCUGGGAAGGGUUGUGCUCCUUCCUGUCCACCUUGAGGAAAGCCCUGAUGGUUCUAAUCCAGUGUGAAUUUCCUUCCAAAGGAGCAGUCUGAGAGUGGAUUAUCCCCGAUUGCUAUCAAAAACCACAUCUGCAGAUUUGAUUGUAACCUCUGACUUACCAGUUCCAUGGUAGGCUGAAUGUAGCUACACCAGGGAAAAGUGGCAUUAAAAUUUCUUUCAUCUUAUAGGUUUGUAACUCCAUUUAACACUGCUAGGAAUAGAAAGGCUCUGAGUUUUCUUUAAAGAAAAAAACAACUCCUCUUUGUUAUUUUAAAUACACCUUGCCCAGAAAAUACUUUCUUACUUGCAAAUGAGAAACGCCCACAAAGGAUGUUUUUUAUUAAUACAUGGAAUUAGUUUUAAAAAGUAUAUAUUUUUUAUAUAUACAUUUCUCUCUCUUGUAUCCAUUUGAGCAGUAGUUGACACUUGGCUGUCAGCACUGUGGAAAUACCCACAAACAGCAGGGAUGAGCAUUAAUUAUUACAGGUUUCUCUGGGUUUGUAGCUGAGCUGAUUCACAGCUCUGCGCUUCCUCUUGGUGGGAAUCAUCCAGGUAUUGGUUUUUCUUACUGUGUUUCUUUGAUUUCCUGGGAUAAAUGGUAGCAUUAGAGACUAUCAUGUUUAAAAAAAAUAAUUGUCCAAGUGUUCAAGAAGAGUCUGGACUUCAAUUGCUACUGAAUUCUGGUUCCAUUGUUGUACUGAAGAAAAUAUCCUAUUCUAGAUCCUGAAUGCCCUCAACUUCCAUGGAUACCUUCCAACUCUUGGUGCUGAGUAAUCCAGGAUGGGAUUCUGCAUUGGUGGGCUGGAGAAAGGAGAGGACACAUUCCCUGUGGAGUAGCAACGGUGCCUUCAGCACGCUCAAGAUAUUCUAAGUCUCACAUUUACUUUUUUUUAAGAUGCUUUCAAACAUUUCUAACUUCUCUCUGUACAUACUUUUUGUGUUUUUAUGAAAGAACAAAAAAAAAACAACCCGAACUGGUUGGGAGAAAAAAGGGUUUGUACUGUACUUUAACUGCAAAAUAGCAAGCCCAAGGAUAAUGUUUACAUUUAUGUUCUCUGUGGUGCAGUCUCUUGAUCAUAUUAUCCAAACUUCAGCAUUUUCAAGUCUUGCUGCAUCGCUCACUAAAGGAAGGGACAGGAGCUGUUCAAUGCCUGUUGGCAGAAUCUUGCCAAGGAAUGAAUUUACUGAUUGAGGUGGGAUUUCCUUGGGAACUGAGUGAGAGUCUCUGCUGAACUUUUUUUCAUGAUUGUCUUACAUUGUUUCUGUGGUCCAAAGUGGAAAUGGGUUCAUUUCCAAACUCUGCCUGACCCAUUGUCCUCUGGUGGUUUCAAUAAUGUCUCAUCCCUUUUGAAUGCUGCCCUGGGCUGAGUUCAUGAAAUGCAGGUGAGAGCACUUUUCCAGAAAAGAGAAGCAAACUCUUGGGUAAUGAUUCAAAUCACAAUGAAAGUGUGUUCAUAUAAAUUAACACUUGGUUUGUACAUUUUGUAAAAUAGAGUAUUGGUUUGAUUUGGUCAAAACUAGAUGGAUUUUGGGAUAUCUUGGAGAAUAUCCAGAGAACUUUUGCGAUUUAUCUUUCACUUGAAUCUGCAGUAAUUGUUUUAUCACUGCUUUGAAGCUGCUUACGGGUUUCCUAACUGGAGUAUUCAGUUAUUUGAUAACUGGUUACUUUUUGAACUAGAGAAGUGUCAGGCUUUUUGCUUUGAAGCUAUUUUAUUUAAACAUGCAAUAAUUGAGGGAAGGAACAGGGUAUGGUGUCUAGAGAAACAUGUGGAUGAGUGGAGAAUGAAUUCUAGGCACACUGGGGAGUGGAAAAAUCAUUUUGCAGAGGUGAAAUGAUUUAUGAGCCUUAUCUAGUAUUUUUUUAAAGAUGAAACUAUAUUCAGCACUUUUUAUUUAUGCUUUUUAUAAUAGUAAAGCUAUUCUUGACUAAAUUGCUGAACCUUUAAUUUUCAGAAUGCACAGGUCAUUAAAUCUGUAAUCAAAGUGUACUGAACUACUUUAGAUCUACAUUAGACUUGAAAUUUCUUCUUUCAGUUUAUCACCUGCUGCAAUUGCAUUGCUGGCUCUGAGGCUGCUGCAGCUUUGCUUGUAGGGAAUUCCUGCUAAAAAAAGGCUUUUUCUGGGUGGCUGCUGAGCCCAGGCAGAGCUGCAGCCCUGGCUCAGGCAGGGGCAGGCACUCUGACUUUAGUCCAGGCUUUUCCUCCAAAAGCUGCCUUGAUUCUCCCUGGCCAAGCUGCUUCCACAGCCCAGGUUGUGUUAAUACAUCACAAAGUUUAUCUGAGUGUACAGUCCCUUUCCAAGGCUUUUAAUCUGCAAACUGCAGGAGAGUGAGGCUGGAGCAGCCCUGGAGUUAUGCAUUUGAACUGCUCCGGGAGUGGGGGAGCUGAACCAGAAAAAAGCUGGUAUGCACCUCACUUUAUUGGCAAUAAAACUUAAUUUUGCUUAUGUAGCUUAUUCAGAAUAACUUGGUUAAACUGUGCUAAAAAAUGGGGGGUUGCUGAUUAAGAGUUUUUGAUAAAAGGGUUUGUAAGUCACUGGCACUACAAAUCCUUUCAUCUACAAAGGGCCAAAAUGAAAUCUGGGAAAUUAAUUUGUGGGUUUUUUUUUAAAAAAAAGUUACCCUCUGGUAGAAAUUGAAGUUAUUACCAACUGUAGUAAGGAAUAAAGCAGUGUACUGAAUUUUUAAAAGAUGAAAAAUCCUGUUACGUAUUGUUAAUGCAUUGAAAACUUGGUUUUAAAUAUUGUUGAGAAACAAAAUAUUUUUCAAUCCUUUCAAUAAAAUCUUUUUGUAAAGUU